UCAUUAGCUGGUUCGGAAAUUCAAUAGCAGGUGAAACUCGUCCAUCUGAUCCAUGCGACACAACCCAAGUACAGCAAAGAGUCACCUUAAUGGGCUGCAUAUAAAGCAGGUCUUCCAGGAGAGCUCACGCAGACAAGGUACUUCGCUCCCAUCUGGUGCAAGGCCCAGAGAUACCCUGAGAGCCAAUAACUCCUUCGACUGCAAGAAAUUCUUUAUGACUUGCGGUCUAUCUAAAAAAUCCGCCGAAGACAUCAGGAAAGUUUUCCGAGCUAUUGAUGAUGAUGACAGUGGGUUCAUCGAAGAAGAUGAAUUAAAGUAUUUCCUGCAGAGGUUCUCUGCUGGAGCUAGGGUGCUGAAUGACAAGGAGACCAAGACAUUCAUGGAUGGAGGAGAUAAAGAUGGCGAUGGAAGACUUGGUACUGAUGAAUUUGUCGAUCUGGUACUCUCAUAGAACAACAUUAUUUCCACCUCCGUUUGAGUGGAAAGGUACAUUUAAAAACAAGGCACAAGUUUGAAUGGCACAAGUGCAGCAUAAACGACAUAUUUCUGCUGUAUUGAAGAGAUGUUAGAAGCACUUCAAGCAUUCGGAUAUAAUCUGAUGUUCAAUGUGUGGUUUAACCAGCUCUGUACAUGUAAUGUCUCUGGAAGACUGAAAACAAUAAAAAAAAACUUUGCCUUGUAUCCAAA